CAAUGAUGAUUUUGAAUAGGGUGACCAGAUGUCCUGAUUUUAUAGGGACAGUCCUGAUUUUUGGGUCUUUUUCUUAUAUAAGCUCCUAUUACCCCUCACCCCCUGUCCUGAUUUUUCACAUUUGCUGUCUGGUCACCCUAAUUGUGAAGCUUGGUUGAGGUAAUGAAAUCAGAUGGUGGACUAUUUCCCAGGGAAUGCCUUACUGCUAAAUGAUGAACUAGCACUCAGCUGAGCCCUCAGGGGUUAAAACGUUGUUAAUGCAGCCUCACACUCUACAAGGCAGUAUGAAUGGAGGGAGGGGAGACAGCAUGGCAGAGGGAGACAGAGAUACAAACAGUGUGUGAGAGAGAGAGACAAGUAUUGCCCCUUUAAGUACACUGACCCUACUGUACCUUUUUAAGUAGAUCAGCAAGUUGAGACAGCAGCUGCUGCCAGCAAGCUCCCUCAGUCCUGAGCCCUGUCAUGUCCCCCUCUUCCUCUGUGUAGAUUAGAUGCAGGAGCAGGGGACACCCUGACAUUAGCUCCCUUGCACAGCAAGCAUGAGGCUUCCAGGAGCAGCUCCAAGGCAUAGGGCAGGGGCAGCACACAGCAGUUGGGGGAGGGACAGCUGACCUGCCAGGCAAUUGAUCGCCUGCUGGGUGGCUGCCCCACGGGGAACUUAGGGGAGCGGGGAGCUGAUGAAGGGCUGCCUGGUUCCAAGCCCCAACCAGCUAGCUUCAAAGGGCUGCUCUUUCUGCAAGCAGUGGACAAAGCAGGUGGCUGCCAAACAAUGUUAUAAGAGAGCACUGAAUAACUUUAAAUGAGCAUGUUCUCUGAUUGAUCAGCUGGGUAACAAGGAAACAAGGUUAAUUGGGAUGACUUUAAGUGAGGAGUUACUGCACUUGAAAAGGGCCUUGGAAUAGAAACCCUUGUUUAACCUUGAAUAUAAAUGUUGUGAUGUGAUCCACCCAUAAUAAUAGAUCAGGAGCACCAUAAAAUAGCCUCAAUUUUCUGAGUCACACAAAGAGAAGAAGACCAACUCUGUAGCAAGCUAAGGCAUUCAUUAGAAAGGUGAGCCAGCUGCUAAUGCCCUAAAACAAAAACAGCUUCCUUCUAAGCUCUGGAAGUGAGUUGCACAGCAACCUGGGCGAGAGCGCUCAUGCAAACCAAUAUUUUACUUGGCUCAUAAGCUCAUUCUUCUGUAGGUGUAGAGCAUUUGUGUAUGUACUGGCCUACGUUGGUUUAUGGACCUAGAAUAUUAAAAUAAUAUGAAACCACUUCCUAGGAACUGUGUGUUUGGUAGGAUCUCAUAUUCUCCCCCAUUAAUGAGGCAUACUCCCAGUCCACUUGUAUAGUUUAUCUUCUAUAUUGUACCAUAUUAUGUGGAAGAUCACUUCCCAUCCCCAACAGACAAUACAUUAGGCACCCUGCUUACUUUUGGAGUGGAGCAGAAAGAGACACUUCGGACCACCUAAGCAUCUUUCUUCCUCUCUCUUGCUAACCUGUGAAACUGAACUGCCAGCUUUUAAACAGGAAGAGUCCAAUAUGUUUGGUCAUGGCUUCUUUAAAUUUCUUCCUCUAAUAACUGAUAGUCAGUGAAAGAAAGCAUAGUCUCACAGUAGGACAUUAGGGAGCUCACUGAACAUGUUUGGUGAAGACUUCAGUGUCAUCCUAGGGGCCAGAUUGCCAAAUACGAUGGUUGGAUUAAAGGGUGAAAUAGGUGAACCUGGGGAUGUGGGUGGGGUUAGAAAGGUACACAUUCUUCCUAGAGCCAGUAGUCAUGCAACCUCAUUUUAGCUGGAUAGGGCCCAAUAUUUAAAAGGGUAAUGCUACUCAGAAUUGUCAGCCAUGGCACAAUAAACAGCAACUCUACCAAUAAAGAGCUCUACUGCAUCUUUUUUACAGUUCCGCAGCAAAACCAUCCUGCACAUUACUGUACAAACUAGCUGAGUUUUUUUUCUCUAAGAAGCUCUAUUCACAGAAAUAAGAUCAUGACUAUUAAUGUCAGAGAAAAGUCCACUCAUUUUCCCCGACCUUGUUCAAAACACAUUUGUUGUACACCUUGGAUUUAGUCCAGUGUAAGUGAGAGGAGAAUCAAGACAAUGGUCUUCAUUUGCACUGUAGAUUGGCCCAUAGCCAUGUUUUGUAACUAGGUUAAAGGUUUGGUGACAAACCCCAUCAAGGAUAAAAAAGAUAUUUAGGGAAAUGGAUACAAUGAAAACAAGCAGUAACAUAUUCUCAGUGGUAAAAUUACCUUUUGCACUCUGUGUGUGUAUGUGUAUGUGUGUGAAUUAAAUGAUACAAAGGAAUAUUAAUAUUCCAUUUGUCCCAUCCCCCAUUCUCAACGUUUGUCUUUCUCCUGACUAUGAUUCUAUGUCAUCAUUGCCAUGUCUCUUUCUUUUAUUGUUUAUGUUGCAGGCACCAGUUUAAACUUUAAACUCUUUAAGUCAAUGACUUAUGUAAACUACAUGUUAUAUAAAUCACUGCGUACAUCUUUGAUGCUGUGGAAGUAAUAAAUACUAAUUAAAAGCUGUCUACUUGCUAAAGGUGCAAGGAAGCCUAAAAAGCAGGAAAAAACAAAGGGGAGGCUAAAUGAGGAGGAAGGAAGAUUUUCAGAUCCCCGGAGAAACACUGGAACUGUACAAAGUAUACUGUACUCAAUGAGAAACAACUACCAUAAGUUCACAUUCCAGUAGGACUGAUUCAUCCCUUCCUCCUCCUGCAAUAGUUACUUUGAGUUGCAUGCUGUAUGACUGCAAAGGGUGGGGUUAGAUUUCUUACAAGAGAUAAGGGAUUUUUUUUUUAGAGAUGACUGUAUGAAUAAAUAGGGUCUGUUCUGCAUAGGCACCAAAAAGUUCACAUGCUUUUUCCUAAGCACAGUAUUAUACCCUGGUGUCUUUGGCCACAAUCCCCCCAAAUUAUUAUUAUUUAUAUUACCAUUGUGCCCAUGACCCCUGCUCAUGGACCAAGAUCCCAACGUGCUAGGCACUGUACAAACAUGGAACAGAAGCACAGUCCCUGCCCCAAAAAGCUUACAAUCUAAAUAUAAGAUGAGAUAACCGCUGGAUAAAAACAGAUGGGAAAGUACAAGAAAACAAUAAAACAGUGUUAGUCAGCAUGACUGGCAAUUGGGUGAGCAUGCCAACAGCCCAACUGCUGUCAAGUUUUUUUGUAGGCAUCAUGGAAAAGGAGCAUUUUAAGGAGGAAUUUAGAAGAGGACAAUGAGGUAGCUUUAUGGAUAUUCAUGGGAAGUUCUCUUAAGUGUGGUAGCAUGGGAAGAAGCACAAAGGUGCUUGUGUGAAAAUGUAACAGGUGGGUGACAAAGUCUGGCAUCAUUGGCCAAUUGGAAGCAAGAAGUUGGUAUCUCAGUAGCGAAGGAGAUGAUGGGUAGUGAGGCGAUAGACUGUGAAGGGCACUGAAAGAGAAGAACAGUAGAUUAUGUUUGAUACAGGGAGGGGUGGGAGCUAGUGGACAGAUGCAAAGAGAAGGGUGAUAUAUUCGAAGCAACAACCCUGCAGAAUGACCUUUUCAGCAACAUGCUGCCUGGAUACAAGUGGGGCAACAUUGCAUUUGUCAAGGCUAGAGAAAAGGUUGCUGUAGUAAUCACCACAUAAGAUGAUGAGAACCUGGCUAAGAAUUUUAGCUAUGGAUAGGAAAGACUGUAUAUUAGAGAUGUUAUGCAGAAAGAAGUGCUUUGCAGAUUGCUAUGGUCAGCUGGAUGGCCGCCAGUUCUAUCCCAGAGCCAGCUGCACUUCAAGAGCAGUUAAAAUAAACUGAAAGAGGAGGGAGAGCUCUGAGGGCACCAAGCCAGGAGGGGGAGCGCUCUGGUUCACCAAAUCAGACCUUGUGCUUUAGCAGAGCCAGCGGAGCUCUGCGCUCCACUCCCCUUUCCACACGGUUAUAGUGUGGGUGAGGUGCUUUGGGAUCGUUCAGGUGGUACGGAACAGUAAGACAGUGCAAUGGACCCGAAAGCAACUAUUACUGUGUUAGCCCAAGGGAAUAUCUGCGGCCUGGGCUGGCACGGACCCAGCACCGCUGUCUCCCUGGCAGAUUCUCAGUUUAUCCAUCCAAACGCCUGUUCAUGGGCCGCGAACGCCAGUGGGGCAGCAGUGCUACCCCGGGCAGCUUGGGACACACGGCACCUCCCGCCUGGGUCUCCCAGGGUCAGCAGCCGGGACCGGGGGCGCGCCGCAAUGCCCAGCACCUGCGCCAAUCAGGGGCAGGCCCAGGCGGCGACGCCUGGCCCGGUCUCCUCCCCCAGCCGCUUUGUGCAAUGCAAGGCGGAGCUGCUGCUUUGCGAGCACUCGCCGGCUCCCGGAACGCGGUGUAUUACAGCGGCCGGCUGCACCGAUAGCCUGAGCCUGCAUCGCUUCCUGUCCCUGCAGCUGCCGGCACCAGCCGCCUUCCUCGGCCCCUACCGCCACAGCACCGCAUGGAGAAGGCUGAGGACGGGUCCCAGGGCUUCCUGCCGCCCUUCGAGCACUUCGCCACUCAGGCCAUCCACGUGGGGCAGGAGCCGGAGCAAUGGAGCUCCAUGGCCGUCGUGCCCCCCAUCUCUCUCUCCACCACCUUCAAGCAGCAGGCGCCCGGCCAGCACCGCGGUUUUGAAUAUAGCAGUAGUGGAAAUCCUACUCGGAAUUGCCUGGAAAAGGCUGUGGCCACACUGGAUGGAGCCAAGUACUGUUUAGCUUAUGCUUCAGGCUCAGCGGCUACUAUGAAUAUUGCACAUUUGUUAAAGAUGGGAGACACUGUUAUCUGUAUGGAUGAUGUUUAUGGAGGUACAAACAGAUAUUUCAGGAAGGUAGCCUCCAGAAUGGGUGUGAAGAUUACUUUUGUUGACUGUAGCAAAUUGGAAUGCCUGGAGGCUGCAAUCACACCAGAUACAAAGCUUGUUUGGCUUGAAACUCCCACAAAUCCCACCCUGAAGGUUGUUGAUAUUCAAGGCUGUGCAAAUGUCAUCCAUAAACAUAAAGACAUUAUUAUGGUAGUAGACAACACCUUUAUGUCAGCAUAUUUCCAGCGUCCUUUGUCUCUUGGGGCAGAUAUUUGUAUGUAUUCUGCAACCAAAUACAUGAAUGGGCACAGUGAUGUUGUAAUGGGAUUGGUUUCAGUAAAUUGUGAUGAUCUCUAUGAAAGGCUCAAAUUCUUACAAAAUGCCGUUGGAGCAGUUCCAUCUCCUUUUGACUGUUACCUUUGCAAUCGGGGUUUAAAGACACUGCAGAUCCGGAUGAAGCAGCAUUUCUACAAUGCACAGGCUGUUGCUCAGUACCUUGAAUCAAAUCCCCGGGUAGAAAAAGUCAUUUAUCCUGGACUGCCCUCGCAUCCUCAGCAUGAGCUAAUGAAGCGUCAGUCCACUGGUUGUCCUGGGAUGGUCACGUUUUAUAUUAAAGGAAAUCUUGAACAGGCUGAAAUCUUUCUCAAGAAUUUAAAGCUUUUCGCGCUGGCUGAGAGUCUGGGAGGAUAUGAAAGCCUAGCAGAACAUCCGGCUAUUAUGACUCACGCUUCAGUUCCUGAAGAGGAGAGAGAGGUUCUUGGGAUCAAUGAUACUUUGAUUCGCCUGUCAAUUGGUUUGGAGGAUGCACAAGAUAUACUGGAAGAUCUGGAGCAAGCUUUGAAAGCAGCAGUCCCAGAGCAUAUGGUUCGCAACUAGGAAUCUAAGACCUGAAAUUGGAAGCUGAUUACUACACUGUGAAGGCACCUAGAGAAGAUUAAAUUAAAAGCCAAACCACUGAUAAGUUUCUUCAGAUUUUCCUUUAAAAGUGAAGGGGGGGACCACACGCCUAAACUUAUAAUCAAAGUUUAGAUACCGAAGCAGUCUUUUUAAGCUUCGCUCUCCAGUGACUCAAUAUGGGUCAUACACUUAUGCGCAAAACUUGUGCUUUCAGAUGUGUUAUCCUCUUGUUCCUCCUGCUCUUAUGACUUGAAAUGUCACUCUCCUUUCUGAGAAGUUUGUUGAUCUGAGAUCAGCUGUGAUGUACAUGCAACAGUAUUAUAUCCGGAUCUCAAAUAUUAAAAAUUGGCUUUUUUUAUGCUGUACAAUGGUGAGUGCAUGCUGCAGUUAUGUUGGUACAGGCUGUUGCUUUCAUCAUACUGCAGAAUUUUUUUAAAAUCACAUUUUAUGUUUAACUGAAGAUAUAUUUUGAAUGGUGUAGGAUCAAAUUCACACUUUUUGAAUGAGAAUAGCAAAUCUGGUUUGAUUUUGUGUAACACUGAAAAUUUAAAUAUUAUAACUGAUACUGUACUGUAAUCUUCUGAAGAUUUGACAGGUAAAAUAAGCAGGAUUUAGUCUGAAUUUUUUAAUGGAAUGGAAUUCUACAUGAGAACAAUUUCAGUCUUAACUCCUGUCUUACCAACAUAGAACUUGUUUCUGUAUGCUUGAAUUUCUAAAGUGGAUAAUUUAAUGAAAGGGGAAAUAAAAUGGGGCAUUUGUCAGACAGACUACAAAGAUAAUUUCGAAAACAUAAAAAAGUUUUCACAAAGCAAAUGAAA